AUUACAUCUGGCACCAGUUUUGCUGCUCUUUUUUGAAGUCUUACCUCCACUGGCACAUAUUUAAUUCUAGCUCAUAAACCCACAUAACAUUCAAUUCUCUUUCUCUUUCUCUCUCUCUCUUUCUCUCCUUCUCCAAAUUGACUUGCAGGUUUCUCAUAACAGUGAAAAGAAUUUGAGAUGGGAUUUUACAGAGUAGAUGAUGAUUCAAGCUAAAAGCUUCAAUCUUGGUGAGUUUUUCACAAUCUCUCUUUGUUAAAAAAAAAAAAUAAAAAAAAAAAAACAAGAAGAAGAAAAGAAAAGAAAAGAAAAAACAUGGAGCGGGUUUUGCUAGAAAUUAAAGAGAAAACUUUUCCUUCUCCAAUAGAACAGCCUUAUAUUCUUGCUCAGCCACCACCACCAUCUUUACCUUCCAAUACUCAAUCUGAUACUUUCAAUUUCAACAACAAAGUGAGUCCUAGUAUAUUGCUUAUCAUUAUAAUCCUAGCAAUCAUUUUCUUCGUCUCUGGUUUGCUUCAUCUCCUUGUUAGAUUCCUCUUGAGACCCCCAAAUAGAGACCCAGAUGAUUUGGAAAAUGUGACAGCUCUUCAAGGCCAAUUGCAGCAGCUUUUUCACCUCCAUGACGCUGGUGUUGAUCAGUCAUUCAUAGAUGCUCUGCCUGUUUUCCAUUACAAAGCCAUAAUCGGAUUGAAAAACCCAUUUGACUGUGCUGUCUGUCUGUGUGAGUUUGAACCUGAAGACAAGCUCAGAUUGUUGCCCAAAUGUAGCCAUGCUUUCCACAUGGAUUGUAUAGAUACAUGGCUUCUCUCCCACUCCACUUGCCCUCUCUGCAGAGGCAGUUUGCUUCCUGAUUUUUCUCCAAACAACAGCUGCUCGCCUAUUGUUCUUGUUCUUGAAUCUGGGAGUGACAGCUCCAGAGAGAUUGUCACUGACAGAGACAGAGAGAACUCGUCUGCUGUUGGCAGAACAAGUUCUGUUCUGAGAGCAAACUCUCAGCUGAGUUUCAGGGGUGACAAUGAGUCCGGAUCAUCAAGGAAAUCGUGUGAGAUUGUUAUCAAAGAUGGAAACCCAAGUGGGGUUUCGGUGGAGGAGGAUUCAGGGGAAAGAGUAAUGACUGUGAAGCUCGGGAAAUUCAGGAAUGUCGGUGGUGGUGAUGAUGGCGGUGAAGGAAGCAGUAGCACAAACAAUGUGGAUGCAAGAAGGUGUUUCUCUAUGGGGUCUUUUGCUUAUGUAAUGGAUGAGAAUUCUUCACUGCAAGUUCCCAUUAGGACACCAUUGAAGAAGCAGUCAAGCAAGAAGCCUAGUGCACUGCCAUUGACACCAGGUCAGCGGCCGGCGAUAUCCGAAUGCGACUGCGAGUCGAUAAGGGAAUUCAGAUUCAAUGGCCUUGACGAGGAAGUGAAUGCUGGAAAUGUUGGUGGUGGUAGUCAAGUGGGUGGUGGCGCUGCUGGUGUUAUGAAUGGCAAUAAUGGCGGAGGCAGGAGUAAAAGAGAGAGCUUUUCUAUAUCUAAGAUAUGGAUGAGGGGGAAGAAGGAGAAUUCGAAUGCGGCAGCAGCGAGUUCGUCGAGACGGGCUUUUUCAUUCCGGUUUCCGGUGAGGAAUGGAGUGGCAGGGGAAGAUAUGAGCAAGGAGAAAAAUGGUGGAGAGAGCAGGAGGAGGACUAUUUCAGAGAUUGGUAUUAGUAGCAGGUGGGAAAAUGGAGGGAGUGAAUUGGGUUGGGAUGAAGAAAACCAGAGCUGUAACAGUUUGGAUUCUCAAGUAAAUAAUACACCAUCUUUUGCUAGGAGGACUCUGCUUUGGAUUAUGGGAAGACAAAACAAAGUUGUUCAUUCAUCCUUUGAUCCUGGUCUCUGAUUUUCAUUUUGCAUUUUUUUUUUUAAUAUAAACUUUUUAUUUUUAUUUUUAUUUUUUUGGGUCUAGAUAAUUGUUCUCUUUGAUUUCUUCAUCCUCUGUAAUUGGAAAGGAAAAGAAGUAGAAAAGAAGUGAAAGAAAUUAGGAAAGAGAUCUGAAUACAAAAUUCCUGCAAUUUAUUUGCAAAAAUGUUAGCUUUCCAAUGUUACAGUUUAAACCUUUCCCAGCAGUAUAUCACAGAAAGAAAGCAUAUCAAGUUGAGGAGAAAUAUAUGGUUCUUUUUGCAUAA